UGCUCUACGUACAACCAGCACCUCCCUCGUCAUCAUCAAUUUCUGACCGUCUCCCAAGUCCGGGUCUGAUGGAAAGGGAGCGAAUUAAUCGGGGGUAUUGGCGAGUCAUCUCAUUCCACGCGCACCGUUUACAAUAGUAGACUAGGUGGUUUCAUGUGGCCGUGAUAUUGACGGUUCGGGCAUGACAACUCUGCCGGUGGGAGGGGAGGACUCGGGAAGCGAGCAUCACAGAAUAUCAGCUGAAUACGAGGAGGUACUGAGCCGCUUUGCGAACUGGGCCAAAUCAUCAGGGACACAGAAUACUGCGAGCAACGACACCGGGCAAAAGGCUGACUAGCCAUGGCUUGGGCACUCGUGACCCCCUCGUCGAGAGGCAUUGGCUUCGCAUUGACCCGUCACUUGCUUCGGACUCUGCCCGCGAGCGUGCCCGUUGUUGCGACGGCACGUUCAGAUCUGGACGGCGCCAAGGAGAGGCUGCUCUCGUCGCUGGAGCUCUCUGCAGCACAAGCAUCGCGCCUCGACGUGCAGGAGUGUGAUGUGCUUUCCGAGCCUUCGAUUGCCAAGCUGGCUGGGUACUGCAAGGAUCGAUACCACGACAGAUCGAAGGAAAAGAACGCACAUCUACGCAUGGGGUUCCUGAUACCUGGCAUGUUGAUACCCGAGAAAGCACCGGAAAAGAUUGAAUAUGACGCCGCGCUGCAGACGCUCAAGCUCAACCUCCUGGCACCCAUGAUGCUUGUGAAACAUUUCGCCAGCUUCCUCCCGCGGAAGUCGACAAAGAUGGUGCUCGAGGACGGGUUGCCCAAUUGGGCCGUGCUGGCACUGAUGAGCGCUAGAGUCGGAUCGAUCACGGACAAUCGAUUAGGAGGAUGGUAUAGCUAUCGAGCUUCCAAGGCCGCAGUCAAUCAACUGGUCAGGUCUACCGACAUAUUUCUGGAGAUGCAGAGCGGACACAGCGCCAUGUGCGUCGGGCUACAUCCAGGAACGGUCAAAACCAGUCUGAGCAGGGAGUUUUGGAACAGCACGCCCCCGGAGAAGCUGUUCAGUCCCGACUUCAGCGCUCAGAGACUGAUAGACGUCGUCAACGGGUUGCAGGAAAGUAGCCGGGGGAAAUGCUGGGAUUGGAAAGGCCAGCAGAUCCCUCCAUGAUGAUGGCGGAUGAUGUACGGAGUACAUGAUGGUUCGUGAUGAAUAAGUAGCAGUGGAACGAGGCUGUUGUGGGUCGGUCAGUG